AUGAUCGUACUCCUAUAUGGUGCUCGCUUGCAUACCAUUACAACCAAAAAAUUCUCAGUCCGGGUCUGAUUUACUGUUUACGUUCACCAGGCGUAUCGUGAAUAGUGGAAUCUUAGUUUCCUGUGUAGUGAGUAUUUCGACAAACAACUGGUGUAUGUUUGGUAGUUCUUUUAUUUAUGUGUUCAAAGGCUCUGUUUAAUGACUUUUCUGAAAUUGGUAAUUUCAUUUCAGAUCUAAAUGGCAGCAUUUCUCAAAAAUGGAAAAGGCUGCGCAAGUGCUGUGCCUCUCUUCGGGGCAAUAAUGUACACAAUUCAGAAACAUCUAAAAGUACACUUUUAGAGUCCACUACGCCCAACAUUCUAGUCAGUACCCCCCAUACCACUUCUUCGUUACGAAUACCAAACAACUCCAAGAGGAGUAGCGUCCAGGAUGUCCUAAGAGCGAAACUAAGUCAAAUUCACGUAGGUUUAAGGAAAAGGCGAGCGCUAUCCGUUCAAGAGUUUUUCCAUAACCCCAACCAGGAAAAGCCCAAUCCAACGUUCUAUGUUCCAUCUCCUUGUCCGAAUCCAGUCAACGCCCAGACACGAAGGCCCAGAUCUCGCCAGAGGGCUGUCAACUCUUUGUCUUUCACUCCAACGCAAAGUCGAGAGUAUAUAAAAUGCAACAGUGGUGAAUGGCACCCGCUCCCUUACGAGCCUCCGCCUGAUUACGAUCUGGAAGAAAAACCCCCCAACAGAAGAUGGUCUGUGGUAACGUUCAGCAAGGAAUCGCAUAAACCAAAACCGAAGAUAGAAAAUGUGAAUAUAAAAAUACCGAAGACUAAGUUGAAUAAACAAUACGACCGAGCAAGGUCGCAAUCACCCAGCUGGAAAAAAGAACAAUUUAAAGUGUAUAAUGGCGAGAAUCGACGUGUGGCUAACUCGAAAAGUCAUUAUGAACUCAUAGGUGCUAGAGACAAACCUGAAAGAGGACGAGACAGAGGAAGUGAACAUCAGAAUUCUAUAGAAGAGCUCGAAGAAAUAGAAGAGGAAGAAAGUAAAUUCUGUACCCUUCCACGAGGAGGCAAUACGUUCACUAUUCGACAAGUCAUUUUCCAGAAAGGAUCAGAUUUUAAACCAUUAGGAUUUAGUAUAGUAGGAGGAAGAGACUCGCCAAAGGGCAGCAUGGGCAUUUAUGUUAAAACCAUUUUCCCAAAUGGCCAGGCAGCUGAUAAUGGUACGCUUAAAGAAGGGGAUGAAAUUCUAGCAGUAAAUAGUAAACCCCUUCAUGGAUGUUCGCACAAAGAAGCCAUCAAUGUUUUUAAGCAGAUUCGACAGGGAUCAGUUUUAUUACACAUAGGUCGUAGGAUAACGAAAAAACACAGGGAUAAAACAUAUUAACAGCUGGGUUUCAGCCAAAAUUUUUACAGUGGCAGCUAUCGGGAGGGAACAAGAAAAAUUAGGAAUAAUUAAAAACGUUAAGGAAACAAAUGAGUUGAUAUGUUUAGGUGAUUAUGAUAUAUAACAUAAGAAUUUUCUGGAAAUAACAAAAUUCUGGCAAAACUUUUUGUGAUGUCUCAGAAAAUUUAAUGAGUGAAGAAUUAUUGAUUAAAAUUUAAUUAAUAAAUCUUUCAAUGAAUUGUUUUGUUUUCAGCACAUUAACACUGGUACCUAAAAUAAGCUUUUCAUGAAAAUAAUAUGAAAAAUCUUCGAAUCUCCUCUUUCUCCUGUUUUUCAUGGGUUUCCUAAUACUACUGAAUCUAUUUCAGCAUCAUACAUUUUUCUAAUUCCUUGUUUGAAUCCAUUUCAAUUUCCAAUCCAAUGAAAUAAAAUCAGGUUUACUUAACUACCAGUCCUUGGCUCUCUCUGUCAACUUACCAAUGGCUACAAGUUGUAUAAUAUCUUGGGAAACUGCAUAAGAGGUAUUAAUUUUUUGAUUUCGGUCUAGCCAUACUGCAACAAUACAAUUUUUCCUGUUUGCUGAAAACCAUGCUCAUGGUUUGUUUGGUACUUUCAUAUCUAGCCUCUUUUUCUUUUUCAGAGGCUCAUAAAGCUCUCAGUGUAGCCUGAACAAUAUCAUUUACAUCAUAUAGAUCAAAUCAACACCUCAACUCGUAUGGUGAUGUAGAAAAAAGAAUAAUGUAAAGCAAAAAGGAUAGUAUAAAGCCAAAUAAUGGAGAAUUAUAUCUCAAAGAAGUCAGUGGAAAAAAGGCAAUGACAGGCAGGAAUUCUUAUUACGUUCCUUCAUAAUUUUCCUAUGAAAUUUUAGAUCGUCAGUCUAACGUGUUGGUGGACUACCUCUGCUUCGGUAGGCAUCAUCUCUUGUUCUCCAUUCCAGUAUCCGCUUUGUCCAUCUGUUCUACAUCUACAGCAGUGAUUCCCAAAGUGGUCUAUAUCGACCACCAGGGGCCUAUGGCAACCUACAAGGGGUCUACGUGGGUGAAAAUAAAAAUUGGGGGUCUAUGAGAUGAAAAUGGGGGUCAAUGGCAAGAACCGCAAUGGAUUAUUAAUCCAUUUGGUGACAUUGAAGUAACGGAUGUUACAUUGCACGAGGAAUUGAUUGGAAUAAGCACCAACGACGAACGUAGGUAGAGUUUAGAAAUGGAUGUCAACAAUUCUGGCUUCAAAAAGACAUACCUGUUACUUAUCCCGUAUUAUGGAAGACCGCGAGAAAGUUUUUAAUUGCUUUUCCGUCUUCAUACCUAGUAGAAAGGGGCUUCGGCGCAGUUAUAAAUCUCGUAACAAAAAAAAAAGAAACAAGUUGGACAUCAUUACCUCAUUACAUCAUUACCAUCAAACGGAGGAGGUUUGAGAUUAUAUCUAACUAAAUUAAUGCCAAAUGUUAAUAAUUUAUUAAACCAUCAAGUUUAUACCCCCCUUAUUAAAUCAAUUUAUUUUUUGCUUAGUUUGUUCAUGUAAGAGUUACUGUAUUUUGAUUUAAAUUUGAUUAAUCAAUGCGUGAAAAGGUGUUGUUUCUUUUACUUUUUCACACUAUAAGUACUUCACUACUACUAGAAAUUUUAAUCUUUUAAAGUGAAUAGCAGGGGGUCGAUCUAAACUUGAAAAACAUGAUAAGGGGUCUACGAGAGAAAAAAGUUUGGGAAAUUCUGAUCUACAGCAUCAGCCACUCCUGAUCUUCGUCGUAGCUGGCGGUUUGGAAUUUUGUCUUGAAGUGGAUUCAUAAAUUCUUAUUAUCUUGGUAUAAAUUGGUACCCCUAUUGGUAUAAAUUGAAGAAUUAAAAUGUGUGUUUACGAAAAAUAAGUUCAUUUUUCUUGCAUUCUCCUUUUUUUCUACAGUGUUGGAAAAAGAUCGGAUAUUUGAAUGUGUUGUUAUUAUCUGCAAUUACCAAAAUUGUAACUGUUUACAAAAGAAAAAGUUCCAAUCAUACUAGGUUUGUUCCAAAAUGAACUUUUGGACGGUCCAGAAACCGUCACGAAACUACUUGUACCGUUUGUUGUGCGCAUGUUCGUAAUUGUAUCGCCCAGUUAUCGUCCCAUGACGGUAAUUUGGAAACCGAUGUUGGAACGGUUACCUGACUGAUAACUGAUUUAUCUAUCAAUAUGUAUAUUGUUGUUGGUAUAUCCAAUGAUAAAACCUAAAGACGUGUGCCGUAGAUAUAUUUAUAUUAUGUGACACAUGACAAAAGCUCGAAACAAAUGACAAUCAAUGAAAAACCCUAUUUCCCGAUUACUGAAAUGAUCAUCACGAAACCGUCACUAAAAGAUCACAAUUCUUGUUGGAACAGUGGGAAGGACGAUCCGAUGACGAUCAUAUUUUUGUUGGAGCAGAUUUUGUUUACUGCGCAGGAGCGUUACCGUUUCGUGACGGUUCUCGGUCGUGUUGGAACAAACCUACUGAGAACACAAGUUUAUUCUAAAAUUUAUUAAAACAAAAAUAAUGGAAAGCACUAGAUGAGCCUGAUAUAUAACUUCGAAUGGGUUUGGCUCAGCUGAUCUUGAGAAUUACGCUGACGUUUCUUAGUGUCUCCUUAAUUUUCUCAUUUCGUCCUAUAUAGACUAUAGAGCAGGGGUGGGCAAAAGCCGGCCCGCGGGCCGGAUACGGCCCUUUUGCUUACUUUAUCCGGCCCGUUAAAAAUCCCGCAAGCAUUUUUUUAAGAGUGUAAGCUCAAAAUUUCGGGACAAUGCCAAAGUAUUUAAAAAAAAAUUACCUAAACUUUGAAUGAAAGAUUAUAUUGUUACCGAGGGCCGAAAGUCGCUGAAAACUUCUAUAAUGUUUAUUUUAAUAAGUUACAGGGGUGAAAAAAAAUUUGGUGUGAUUUUUAAUUUCAAAACAAGUAUGUAAUUGGACAAGUCCUAGGCUUUCACCCUAAGAAAUCGAAAGUAGAACUGGAAGUCAAUAUUUGAACUCUUCGUGUAACGUCGUGCGUCGAUUGAUAUACGAUUUCACUAAUUUUGAGUCAUUUUUACUAAACUUUGGGUCAUAAUUGUUUAAACAGAAAUUACUUCAAAACCGGAACUAAAAAUUCAAACUCAACUUUUCAAUCCGCUUCGAUUGAUGUGUCACAUCUACUAACUAUAAUGUGGCACUUCCAUUUCUGAUUUGAACUUUUUAACCAGAAAUGAUAUAAAAACCAAAAGUAUACAUUUGUUCUCUUGAUCUUGUUAGGGCACGUCGAAAAAUAUAUCGCUUAUAAUAUGUCGGUGACUUUAAAACACUACUUCUGCUUGCAACUCUAAAGCCGGAAGUCCGAUGUCAAAUUUCUCAUCUUUAAUACCAUCCGUGGGUUAUAAGCUUUAUUUCGACACAUCAUUUGUCAUUCUAUUUGUAUUAAUAACGAAGGAGUUAUAUUCGCAGACGGAAGGACACACGGAGAGACGGUCAUGAAACCGGAAGUAUAUAUUUGUUCUCUUCUUGCGCGUCAAAUAAUAUAUCACUUGUACUUCCGCUGACUUCAAAAGAGUACUUCCGGUCACAUUUCGAAAACCAAAGUCCUAGGUCAAAUUUCUCGCCUUUAGUACCAUCCUUGGAUUAUAAGCUUUCAUUCGACACCUCAUUUGUCAUACCUCUACUCUGGUAUAAUGACGGAGGAGCUGAGUUUACGGACAGACAGACGGACGGACGGACAGACGGACGUGGAUAAUUCAACGUUUUCACACUUUUUCAAAAUUGGUUGAAAACAAUAUCUCAUUCAAAAGACACUUUUUGUUUAUUCUACGGGACUUUCGGCACUCGGUAUUCAUGGAAUCUUUCAUACUGCGUUCAAAUUUUUUAAAAAUAUCAAAUUAGUUUUCUCAGGAUUCGAAAAAAUGAAUGCAUUUAAAAAAUGUUGAUCCGAAAUUUUGCCCCUACGCUCUUAAUCUCUUUUAUGCGAUUUUAUUGAAAUCAACAGCAUUAGUGUUCGUAGUGUUCACAUAACUAACGAAUCUCUAUUUUCUGAUUUUCUUAAAAGUGACUGUGUGUUUAACCCGGUACAGGCGCGAAUAUUUAUCUACCAGGGUAUUUAUUGUCUACCAGGACCCCUUUUCCUUCGAUUUUGGCCUUCAUAAUCCCCAAAUAUGCUGUCUUUCUCCUUUUAAUAAUGGUCAAAAGUUCUCUGUUCCUUCCCAUCUGUACAACACCAUUUCUUUCGUAAUAUGACCGGUCCAUGAUAUUUUCUAAAUUCUUCUAAAAAAAAGUCACAUCUCAAAAGCUUCCAGCUUACUCAUUACAAGUCAGAAUUAACAAUCCAAUAAAGAAGAAUAGAAUGGACAAACCAUUUUACCAUCCGAUAUCGGAUUUUGCAGAUUGAAUUUUUGGUUACUCAGAAACUUUUAAUCUGGAUCCUUGAAAAAUGUUGCUCCAAUGUGUUUUAAAUGCAUUCAUUUUUUUUCGAAUCGUGAGAAAACUAAUAGGUACGUAUUUUUGAAAAAUUUAAAAACAGAAUGAAAGAAUACAUUCUUACCGAGGGCCAAAAGUCCCUUAGAAUAACCAACAAGUUUCUUUUGAAUGAGAUAUUUGAAAUUAAAAAUCACACUAAUUUUUUUCCUUUUUUUUUUCACCCCUGUAACUUCUUAAAAUAAACAUAGAAGUUUUCGUGGACUUUCGACCCACUGUAAUAAUGCAAUCUUUCAUUUUGCGUUUAAAUUUUUCAAAAAUACUUAUUAGUUUUCUCAGGAUUCGAAAAAAAUGAAUACAUUUAAAACAUAUUGGAGCGAUAUUUUGCGCCUAUACCCUUAAUAUUUUAAUGGACCAUAUUUGUUUAAAAAUUUCUUAACAUAUUUUACUGGGCACAAAUUGUUCGCAUGUACACCCGAGUAAGACAAUUUAUUAUUAUUAUUAUUUAUUAUUAACAGUCAAAUUUCUUUGUCCAAAUGCUUUAAAAUGAUACUUAUAGUAUUUUUGUAAAAAAAUUCUUGGGCAGAGAAAAACUCUACCAAAAACAUUCGCAUGUGCGCAGCGUACAUACGGGAGAUACAGUUACCCGGCCCGGGAGACAUUUCGAAACUUUCAUUUUGGCCCGCGCUUAAAAGUAUUUGCCCACCCCUGCUAUAGAGGAAAGUCUCCAAUUAUGGAAUACCAUUUUGUUUUGGGGAUACAAAAUAAUACCUUUAUAGAAAUGAAAACAAUUUAAUGUUAUGACACAUCAGUCAUAUAUUUUUAUGUAGUAAUUAAAAGCCUUCUAUUAAAUAUCUUAAUUAACAAAAAAAAAUCGAACAAAAAAACAAAAUCCCAAAUGAGUAACCAAAUAUGGAAUAGAUACCCAUAUAUGGAAUAUAGGCAUAAACCAACAUAUCAGUAACAAAAAUAGACAUAAACAUCUGAGAUCAAAUAUAUUUAAAUAAGAAAAUUGUGAAAAAUGAAAGAAGUAGCUUAAUUCACUUGCAGACAUCACAGAUCCAUGUAUGAAACUCUGGACCAGCACAAUCAUAAUGAGCCCACUUACACUUAAUCCGCUAUUCCAUAUUUAGGCACCAACGACUGUCCAUAUUUGGAUUUGUACAUUAGUUCAAACUAGUAUCAACAUUUUUUCAAGUCGUAAUGUUUUAGUUACAGAAGGUCAUAAAAUAUCAAAAUAAAGGUACUAUUGAUAUACGCAAUAGCAUAACAAGUCUGUAUUCAUGCAUAAUAACCAAUCAUACUCGUUGAAUAAAUUUACCUUUGAAAUUUUCUGCGAGACCAUAAAACAAAACGCGCCUGUCAGACACGUAUUGUUCGCUCAUCUGACACAGAGGUGUGAAUACGAUAAUAAAGAGAGCUACUGAAAUAGAGGAUGGUCUUGUAGUUCGCUUCAACUUAUAUUUUUGGAGAAAUCAAGGAAUUCCAUAUUAGGGCACUAUUCCAUAUUUGGUUACUUUCCUCUAAUAAUCUACCGCACACAUACCAAGUGGCGAAUUUCGAAAUAGUAGACAGAUUUGAGCUCCUUGAUAAAUAACAAUGGCGAUAGGCGAUAGCUCCUCAAAAAUCAAGCGUAAACUAGCAAUGGUCCAAAUCGCAACACCUUAAUUGUUUGAGAUAUGGGAAGAUCGAACAAUUUCCAAAAAUACUAAACUUAGGUGUCCUGAACAGAACAGAAACAACCUGUCAAUUCUGGAAGAGCUUAUUAUAAAAGACAGGAUAUUAAAAAAAGUAAACCGAUCAUACUCAUUACUUCGGUCACAUAACGAGGUGACUAUGAAGCUAUUGGUAGUAGAAGGAAAUAUAGAAGGCUUUACAUGGAGAUAAAGAUCUGUAACUCGAUGGGUAAACCAAAUGUCUGGUGGGAAACUUCCUACAUGAAGCCAUUCAUCUGGAACAGGAUCACAGCCAGUGGCAUGGGUGACACCCGGGGCUGUAAUCCAUGGUGUCACCCCAAAUCCAAAAUAUAAAAAUUGUUAAAAAUCCGAUAAACGUAUGUUUUGAAUUAUGAAAAAAAUUAAGAAUCAUAGUUAAUAAACCGAGGUUAUUUAGCUUUGUUUGCGCCAUUGUUGCUCGCAAGUAAUUCUUGAUUAAUUUUAUCUUACUAAAACUUCUCUCACAUAAAGCAACCGAUACACAGCUAACCAUUUAGAGGCUGUAAUAUUGGCCGCUUGUAAAUGUUUUCUGAGCUUUGGUAUUUAUAGCAGGAGGUCUGCUUUUGAUACCUCUUCAUGGUAAAAGUCACAAAAUGUUGAAACAGCUAAAUUCAACUGUUCACUGUUCAUGAAAAGCAAAGUGUGUCUCUGCGCAACUUCGAACAAUGAAGUCUGGUUUUAAGUUUAAUAUUGAAUAGGUCAAAAUAUUCCAACAUAUCUUUUUGAAGUGCGAGGCCUGAAUUUUUUUUGUGGUAGGAAUGUCGUCGUCCUCAUAUUUUUUCGUGGCAAUAUCUAUUGCUUCAGCUAUAAUAAAUAUGACCACGUUUUUCUUUAAUAUAAAGUGCACCUAUUUUGUUCGCUGAUUGAUCAACGGUUAUGCCUUUACUUUGAAAUUCAAUCUGACAAAAAUUUAUUUCUCUUAAGUAGGUACAUCAUUCCAAAAGAAAAUAUAACAAAGAAAUUACACACAGCGGGCAUAUAGUAUGUGCAGCAUCUCUAGUGCCUAAAUUUUCUUAUUGGUGAUAUAAUUCUUCAAUUGCAGGAACAAAACUAUCAAAAAUGUUCUGUUACAACUUUAACUGCAGCAUAGUGAUCACUUCAACGCAUUUUGACAAGUCGUUUAACAAAAGCUUUGCUGUGUUUAAUAAGCACUUCUGUCCGCAGCUAGUGGAAGCAGAAAAUUAAAAAAUUAAAAAUUGCCUCUACAGUUAAAAAAGGUUACACAAGAUGUACCUUCUUCUUCUCCUUCUUCUUUUGGCAUCAUAACCCUGGAUGGGUCUUUGCCUGUUUGACUAUGCUCUUCCAUUCAGAUCUCUCUUGGGCUCUUCUCCUCCAUUAUAUUCAUGGUUUUCAGGUCGUCUUCCACGUCAUCCAACCAUCUCGUCCUGUGCCUUCCUUUUUUCCAUAUGUAGAUGUACCUAUUGUGUGCAAAAGAGUGCUGGCCACAUAAAUUAAUUAAAUGAUCAAUACAUCCAACAAAAAUGGCUUUUUUGUUUUUUGCUUUAAUAAUAGCUUGUAUUCAUCCAUGUAUCCCGCUUAUAACAGCUGCAGUAUCCCUGUGCAUUUCGUUACUUUUAGCUUCUUUUUUCCUUUUAACGGAAAAAAUCCAAAAAAUGCUGAUUUGACCUCGACUUUUCUCGGUUUCGUGUGUUCACAAAAUAAUAUCGAAUUGUAUUUUGAUUAUUUUGUGAUCUUUGCGAUCUCAUUUUUUUGCAUUUGGGUUUCUCGGGUGUCACCCCCGAACGGGUGACACCCGAGGCGGACUGCCCCCUCCGCCCCACCGUAGCUACGCCCAUAAUCACAGCGAAGCAUGACAGCUAAUAAUAGGUUUGUUCUAGCAUCAGUUUCAAACGGUUUGAAACCAUGGAUCAGCGAAUAGUCGACCAGCGCGAGUAGAGGGGAUAGCACUGGUGACUGUAUUAUGUUCUCUCACUGACCAACUGUUUGCUGACGGUUUCUGACUAGUAUGACUUAUGACUGUUUGCUAGAACAAACCUAAUAUUUAGAGUGUCCACACGUCCAGACACGCUCAAGAAAUGAGGUGGAGAGGAGACUCUAUCAGAUUUAAAUCUGGGCUUUGAAACGAUAAAUGUGCCUUUUAUUUUUGUUUAAAUUGCUUUUGCUUUAAAACCAAUAAUCAGGUCCCAGUAUUAGUAAUUUUUUGCAUGAAUUUUCUUAUGCUAUAUUUCAUAACAGUUCAUAUCAAAGAUACAGACAUUCGUAUCACCAAGUGGUAUUGAAUAGUCACCGAGUUCCACAUUUCAAACAAACUUUAGUAACCUAUACCUCAUUUGUUUGCAACUGUCAGCUCAUUACAUUAGGUACGCAAAUCUCUAAUCUUCAAAAAGCAGGUAAAGUGGUCAAAGUGAUAUCACUUAAAAUAAUAUCCUCUCCUGUUGCAAUCUGGUUUUAGAUAUUAUUUUUCAAAGAGUCAAGCUAACAUGUAAGAAAAUUCUGGGUCAGUGUUGGAUAAUUAAAAAUGAACAGAUUCAUAAAUGUUAUAUCGGAUAAAUUUUGCUCACUCCGGACUAUAAGCGCUACAAUGAGACCACAUCAGAGCAGUAUCUGAGACUGUUUAAACGUAAUUCAAAGGAGUUUAUACGGUGUUUCAUAACGCAACGACGAAACAUGGUUUCACUAGUAUAUACCAGAGACCAAAGAGCAGUCCAUACAGUGGACCUCACGUCGCUAACGUGCUCCUAAGAGGGCGAAGACUGUCCACUCGGCAGGAGAGGUGAUGGCCACCAUUUUCUGGGAUUCACAAGAUGUGAUCUAUAUCAACUUCCAGUAACAGCCCACCUUUUCACGGACAUUAUAAAGACUGCUAUCAUACCACAGGAACUCAAACGCUCGAAGCUCAUUGCCAUAUUAAAACCAGGGAAACCAAAUGAUAACAACCCCAAGAAUUACAGACCAAUAGCCCUACUAUCGGUGACGUUUAAGCUUCUAGAGCGCCUUAUCUACAAUAGAAUUAGCCCAAAGCUGCUUGAUACAAUACCGGUUGAUCAGGCAGGUUUCCGACCCAAAAGAAGCUGCGCAGAUCAGGUUCUUUCACUUACCACAUUUAUUGAGGCAGGGUUCCAGCGAAAACUUAAAACUGCAGCCGCAUUCAUAGACCUAACAGCGGCCUACGAUACAGUCUGGAGAGAAGGCAUGAUAUACAAGCUCCUCCGUACAAUCUCCUGUAAAUCCACCGCUCGAAUAAUCAACAGCAUGCUAGCCGACCGAACGAUUCAAGUGGUCAUGGGAUCUGACAUCAGCACCCCAAGGAAACUGAAGAAUGGACUGCCAAAGGGAUCUGUCCUGGCUCCUCUUCUCUUUAGCCUAUACAUCUCUGAUAUACCAGAAACCAGAAUAAGGAAGUUUGGUUACGCCGAUGAUUGGGUCCUUGCAACAAGGUGUAAGUCAUUUUAAGAAACAGAAGAAAUCCUCACGGCGGACUUACACAUAAUGGGAGAAUAUUUCCGUAAAUGGAGGCUCCAACCAAACGCUACGAAAACAGAGGUUUCCAGUUUCCACCUAAAUAACAAGUUUGCAGGAAGAAUACUCAAUAUUCAGUUCGAAAACACCACACUCGCCUACAAUAAAACACCAAAGUACCUUGGGGUGACUCUUGACAGAACCCUAUCAUUCAAGGAACAUCUGACAAAAACAGCGGAAAAACUUAAAUCCAGAAACAACAUCAUCCAGAAGCUGUGCGGCACAACAUGGGGAGCAUCGGCUUCCACCUUGUGAUCAUCUGCCCUGGGUCUAGUCUUCUCAACUGCGGAAUACUGCUCUUCAGCAUGGCUUAACAGCCCACAUAUACACAAAGUAGAUGCCCAAUUGAAUAAUACAAUGAGAAUGAUCGCUGGAGUUAUCAAAUUCACCCCUACGCAAUGGCUCCCAGUACUGAGCCACAUUCCACCACCCAAACUACGACGCAUACACGCACUCACUAGUGAGUACAGAAAGAUAGUAGAUAAUGAAAACCUGCCAAUCCAUCAAGAUAUAGAUGCCGCCAACGGUAACCGUCUACGCUCCAGACGACCACCAAUAAAAACAGCAAAGGUGGCUGUGGAAAAUGAGUUCAAUUUAACGACAACAUGGACUCGAGAAUGGAUGGAACAACAAAAUAGUAACUUACCCUGCAUCACACAAAAACCACCUUGACUUACCACGCAACACAUGGUCUAUGCUGAACCGAAUCAGAACCCAACACGGCAGAUGUGGUUACAUGAUGCACAACUGGGCUAAACGACCAUCCCCACUCUGUGAUUGUGGACAACUACAAACCAUCUAUCACAUCACAGAACAGUGUCCCACAAGAUCAUAUCAUGGCAGGUCAGAGGAUUUCCUGAUGGCGACUCCAGAGUCGAUAGACUAUGUAAAUAAGUUAGAUGUACGUUUGUGAACCUAUGUAUUGUCUUAUACAAAAUAUAUGUAAAUGUAAAUGUGUCAGGUGCCAUAUAAAUAAAUAAAUCAGACGCUAAAUAAAUAAAUCCAGUAAAAGGACAAAUCGGUCACAGGGCUUUACUGUGCCGCAUUAUUGGGCGGACUCGAUGCCGAAUUUCACAAAAAACCAUAGGCGUAACCAGGGGGGUUUGGGGGUUAUAACCCCCCCCCCCCCAUUGGGAUGGACUUUGAGCUCUAUACGCUUAACACCAUACCCCUCAGAGACCUUCCAGUAGUUGUAACCCCCCCCCUUAGGAUCAUCCUGGUUACGCCUAUGCAAAAAAACGGCCCCAAUUGGGGAAUAAACCAAACUUUUCCACCAUGACAACACCGGCUCAUACCUUCACCGACGCCAUGGCUAAAUUGGGCUUCGAACUGCUGUCCCAUCCACCGUAUUCUCAAGAUUUGGACUGCACCUCUAUUUGAAGAUUUGCAUUUGUAAUAAGCUGCCAGUUGCAAACAAAUAUACUUUAGUAAAUAAUCCACUCGACUUGUUGUUUGUUAGAUAUAUUUACAUUUUUAUACCCCGUUUUACAAUAUUCAGUGAAAUGUAAGUUUUAUUAUUUAUAAUAAAUACUUUAAGUCAACUAACAUCAUUUUUAUGUAAUUAUACCGUUAUCUAUCUAUGUAUGUCGUAUGUAUUACUUUGUUGUAUAGCGAUAAUGGUACUUUUGUUAUCUGGUUAAUUUUAAAAUAUGUGAUAAUAUGUAUUUUUCUGCAUACAGUAAAACCUCUGUUAACCGAAACCUUUUUAAUCGAAACAUCGUUUAACCGAAAUGGCUGACUGGUUUCAAUAAUUUCGCCAAUAAAAAGUAAAUUUUAAAAAAGCAAUAAAAUCAAUGAAAAUGAACAUGUUUGGAGUGUUUUUUUUAAGAAAUAUUCUAUUUUCUGUUGUAUUUCCCUUGACAUCGAUGUUUUGCAGCUAUAUCUCUCCAAUGCUAUGUAAUUUGAUACAAGAAGAAUACAAAAAACAAUGUUAUUUUUAACCGAAAUUCUUGUUCCAUAUUUCGGUUAACGGAGGUUUUACUGUAUUUAAUUGUAUUUAUCGUAGUUUUAUAUUUUUACAAUAGAAAUGUCUUUCUAAUAUGA